AUGACACAGAUGAGCACAGUACUGAGCAUUUUCGUCUUGUUUCUUCGCACCACUUUUGGGGAAAGUGGUUGCACCUCAGCAGAUGGUGAUGGGACUUUUGUAGAUGAUGAACCAGACAACUUCGACAUUGACUGCUACAGCCAGCUGGAAUUUAAGGAUUCCUACAGCAGCCUGACCUGCAGUUUUACUGAGCUGCCUCCUCACAACACUAACUAUACCCUGGCUCUGUGUACCAAGGAAGAUGGCAAUUACAUGUGUUUCAAUAUGGAGAAACGGGAAGGUGUCUAUUUCUUACAGUUCACUGACAUACUCUCAAAUAAAGAUAUUUGCAUGGAUUCUGAGACAAAGAGAAGGGUCUGUAGGAGUCUGGUUGUAACUGACAUUGUUAAGCCUGAAGUACCAUUUGAUAUAAAUAUCACAUACCAAAAGGAGGCAAAUGAAUAUCUUAUUCAUUAUAGUACACCACAUUCAUGGAAGAAAUACUUAAAGGACAAAUUAAUACACCAAAUAGCCUAUCAGAAAGAAGAAGGUACUUGGAAGACAAUAGAGACACCAUACCUUCAGGUUAAAUUACUGGGAAAAAACCUCGAAAAUGAUGCAUCGUAUGAGGUGAAAGUACGUUCGCAGCCCAAUGGAGAUUAUUUUAAGGGCAUGUGGAGUGAAUGGAGCACUUCCAAGAGCUUCAGGACCGCAAAGGAGCAGCGCUCCACAGAGAGCUAUAACAGCAUGGUUGUGGUAAUACUCUCCAUCCUGGGAUUCAUGCUGUCCAUUGUCAUGAUUGCCCUGGUCAUAACUUUUUGGGAAAACAGGAUCAAGCCUGCUGUAUGGCCAAACCUUCCUGACCAUAAAAAAACACUGGAGCAGCUAUGUAAGAAGCCAAAAAAUAAUUUUGAUAUAAGCUUUAACCCAGAGAGUUUUGGUUACGUUCAUAUCCAUAAAGUGGAUGGCAUUCGAGCAAAAGUUGAACUGGAAAAUUUUCUGCAGCCAUCAACUGCUCUAGAGAUGAACCUUACAGAAAAAUUUAGGAGUGGAUCAGACCUGAAGAUGAACCUUGCGAUGACAGACAAAAGCAACCAAAACCUGUCUGUGACUUAUGGAGGAAUCUGGCCAGCUGAAGCCCUGCACAGACUCCUGGGCACCAACCAGUUUGCAGUCACCAAAGGAAACUGCAGUUCUAGCACAUAUGAGGUUUGCCACAGCAACAGGGUGCCCCUGCGUGAUGAUGGUUUCAACCUUUCCUCUGCUCCUUUCCCAGAUCCCUCUGGCCAGCCUGGACCAGAGUCCCUAAAUGAUGACACCACAUCCCAAAUGCUGCCUACCAGUGAAAUGAGGUCACCAAACAAUGAGGAAGCCUAUGUCACAAUGUCUAGCUUCUAUAAAAUUCAGUAAAUCUCACAGGAAUGACAGCAUACAUUUUUUUCUCUAACACAGGCAGGACAUUGAAGUUUUCUGUUUUGUUUUCCUGCAUCCUGUGAGUUCUCACUUCUGCAACAUACCCUGUUCACAGUGCAACGCCAUACCGGCAAGGAAGUGGGUUCUCCCACAUUGAUUACUCAGUAUGCUGGUAACAAUCUCCAUUGCAGCAGAAAUUAAAUUUAAUUCAACUUGACUUUUAUCUUCAGAUCUGA